GUCUGUCCUUGGGUUUCUUAGUGGUACAGUGUAGUUGUUUACAGCAGAAGUCAGCUGUUGGAUGAUUGAUUUCUUUGUCUUCAUAGAAGAGCUCAUUUAACGAUAUAAUAGCUAUGUGCACAAAAACUACUUUUUUCUGAUCAAGAUGACUUGCUGGAUACUGGUCGUUGUUGCUAUUUUGGCGGUGAGGGGGUUACAUGGGCUUGAUAAUGGACUAGGCUUGACCCCGCCCAUGGGCUGGCUUACCUGGGAACGAUUCCGAUGCAAUAUGGAUUGUGACAGAGAUCCGGAUAACUGCAUAAGUGAACAUUUGAUAAAAGCUAUGGCGGACAUUAUGGCAGCAAAUGGUUACAGAGAUGCUGGAUAUGAAUAUGUGAUUAUUGAUGACUGUUGGCUAGGACCAGAGCGUGAUACAAAUGGACGACUGGUUCCUGAUCCAAACAGAUUUCCAUCUGGAAUUAAGAAUUUAUCGGAUUAUGUUCAUAGCAAGAAUUUGAAGUUUGGUAUCUAUCAAGAUUUUGGCACAAAGACUUGUGGUGGGUUCCCUGGAAGUGAAUUUUAUAUGCAAACAGAUGCCGAAACCUUUGCCGACUGGGGUGUGGACUACCUUAAAUUUGAUGGCUGCAAUUCUAACCUUUAUGAUUUUCCUUCUGGGUAUGAAGCAAUGGGAUUCUUUUUGAAUAAAACAGGAAGAUCAAUAUUUUACUCUUGUGAAUGGCCAUUUUACAAAAUAGUUUCUGGACUUCAGGUCGAUUUUGCAAAGGUGAGGAAGACUUGUAAUUUGUGGAGAAAUUAUUACGACGUUCAAGAUUCGUGGUCUAGUGUUCUUGACAUUGUCAAUUUUUGGGGAAGUAAUUCCAAAAUAUUUACAAAAUAUGCAGGCCCAGGCGGAUGGAAUGACCCGGACAUGAUUAUUCUGGGGAAUUUUGGAUUAAGCUAUGAAGAAGAACGGGUGCAGAUGGCAAUGUGGGCCAUCUUGGCAGCACCUCUUAUUAUGUCAAAUGAUUUGAGGCACAUACGUAGUAGUUCGAAAGCUCUUCUACUGAAUAGAAACCUUAUAGCCAUUAAUCAGGACAAACUAGGAAUUCAGGGAAUUUUAUUGCAGAAGCAAAAUGGAAUCCAAAUUUGGAGCCGGGAUCUUUCGUUUAAUAGAACAGCAGUAGCAUUUCUUAACGAGAAUUCAGAUGGAAUGCCAAGGUUCUUGAGUUUUUCUUUGGUUGAUCUGAAAUUGACAUCAUCAACGUACAACUUUACAGAGGCUUUUGACAUGAAAACUAAUAUUCUUGUAACAAGGCAAAGACCACUUAAAAUUAAAGUAAAUCCACAUGGUAUUAAUCUUUACAUUGCCAAAGAAAUGCAUCUUUAAAUACAAUACGACAAAUAAUUUUGCCAUCAUUACAGAACUGAUCAAAUUAUGAAAUACAUGUACAUAUUAUAAAUUUAUUCUACCAAACACAAAUAUUGUUGAUUAUUUUUAUUUGUGUAUCAUAUGAUUUACUAUAUACAAUUAUCAUACGGAGCCUGUUAAAAAUAUGCAUGCAAAAUUAUUAGGGAUGGCAAUCGAUAACAGAAUUGCCAAUCGAUUAAUCGCAUUCGUUCCGACCGAUUAACCGGUUACUCGUAUCAAAGCACGCAGAUUGUUGGCAUGUUUUAAUUUCUUUUUCAAUAAUUGUUAUAAAUGACGAAGAGCAAUUUGAGUAUUCUGUUUAUGUUUAAAUUUAAAUAUAAUAUUAAAAUUAUAUUACAUGAUAAUUAUUCAAAGAGAAAAUUGAAACAACAAGCAAGCAGUCAUGAAAUAGUUUCAAUUGCCAAAUU